GUUUUUCGGGAGAAAUAAAAAAUUGUUGGUUUUUCAAAAGAGGGAAUCUGACCACAAUUGUGGUUAAGAAAGGUUUGUGGAAAUCUGAGGUUUGCAAAUGGGGUUUGCAACAAACUGGGGUUACAGCAAAAAGAGGUUUGUAACAGGGGUCUAUGCGCAAAUUGAGUUCAAUGGCAAACUUCAAAACGACUUUAUAAAAACACUCACAAAGAAAGUAAAAGGAUUAGCAUAAAUCUUCUGUUAAUAUUUUUCAAGAUGAACGACUUCAAUGAUAUAGCUAGCAAAUUCAAAUAUGCCAUGCGUAAUGCACAAAAGAAAUCGCCAAAGAGUCCACUUGGUUUUUUUGCUGGUGCUGGUGGUUUAGUUCUUCUCGGUGGUUCAGUCUUGCUUUUAAAUUCUUCUUUAUUCAAUGUCGAUGGUGGUCACAGAGCUAUUAUUUAUUCAAGAAUCAAUGGUGUUCAACCUGAGAUCUAUAAUGAAGGAACUCAUAUUGCUAUUCCAUGGUUCCAAAACCCUAUUAUUUACAAUGUUAGAGCCAAACCAAGACUUAUUUCUUCAUUAACUGGAACAAAAGAUUUGCAAAUGGUUAAUAUCACUUGCAGAGUUUUAUCGAAGCCAAGUGUUUCAGCGUUACCAACUAUUUACAGAACUUUGGGUACCGAUUAUGAUGAAAGAGUCUUACCAUCAAUUAUUAAUGAGGUUCUUAAAUCUGUUGUUGCUCAAUUUAAUGCUUCUCAAUUAAUUACUCAAAGAGAAAGAGUCUCGAAAUUAGUUAGAGACAAUUUAGUUAAAAGAGCUUCCAGAUUCAAUAUAUUAUUAGAUGAUGUUUCAUUAACCUCAAUGACAUUCUCACCUGAAUUUACUAAUGCUGUUGAAGCUAAGCAAAUCGCUCAACAAGAUGCUCAAAAGGCUGCAUUUAUUGUUGAUAAAGCAAGACAGGAAAAACAAGGUAUGGUUGUUAAAGCUCAGGGUGAAGCAAAAUCUGCCGAGUUGAUUGGUGAAGCCAUUAAAAAAUCAAAAGAUUAUGUUGAGUUAAAGAGAUUGGAUACCGCAAGAGAAAUCGCUUCAAUAUUAGCUCAUUCUCCAAACAAAAUCAUUUUAGAUAAUGAAGCUUUAUUAUUGAAUACUGUUUCCGAUUCAAGAAUUGUUAAAAAAUGAUUGGUUGAUUUGUUGAUUGAUUUAUUUAUUUGAUUUAUAUUUAUAUUUAUAUUUAUAUUUAUAUUUAUUUUUAUAAGUUGAAUUAUAAUCAUAAAGAUAUUAUGAUUAAG